AUGUUCAACCUCAUGAAGAAGGACAAAGAGAAGGAUGGGACCAGGAAGGAGAAGAAGGAAAAGAAGGAGAAGAAGGAGCGGAUGUCGGCGGCCGAGCUCAAGAGCCUGGAGGAGAUGAGCAUGCGCCGGGGUUUCUUCAACCUCAACCGGGCCUCCAAGCGGGAGUCCAGGACGCGCCUGGAGAUCUCCAACCCCAUCCCCAUCAAGGUGGCCAGCGGCUCCGACCUGCACCUCACGGACAUUGACUCCGACAGCAACCGGGGCAGCGUCAUCCUGGACUCGGGGCACCUGAGCACGGCCAGCUCCAGCGACGACCUCAAGGUGGACGACGGCAACUUCAAGGGCUCAGUGCUGCAGCGCGCGGCCAAGUUCGGCUCGCUGGCCAAGCAGAACUCGCAGAUGAUCGUCAAGCGCUUCUCCUUCUCGCAGAAGAGCCGGGAUGAGAGCGCCUCGGAGACCUCGACGCCCUCCGAGCACUCGGCAGCGCCCUCUCCGCAGGUGGAGGUGCGCGCGCUGGAGACGCAGCUCGCCGCGUCCCCGGGCCGCCCGCGGGCGCCCUCGGCCGCCUCGCUGCGCGCCCGGGUGCCGGAGCUCGUGGGCAAGCGCUUCCCGGCGGAGCUGCGGCUGCCGCCCGUGGUGCCGCCGCAGCCGCCCGCGCCACGGCAGCUGGAGCUGCAGCGGCGCCACACGGGCGACUUCGGCUUCUCGCUGCGCCGCACCACCAUGCUGGACCGCGGCGCCGACGGGCACGUGUACCGGCGCGUGGUGCACUUCGCCGAGCCCGGCGCCGGCACCAAGGACCUGGCGCUGGGGCUGGUGCCGGGCGACCGGCUCGUGGAGAUCAACGGGCGGAAUGUGGAGAGCAAGACGCGGGACGAGAUCGUGGAGAUGAUCCGGCAGUCGGGGGAGACGGUGCAGCUGAAGGUGCAGCCCAUCCUGGAGCUCAGCGAGCUGAGCCGCUGCUGGCUGCGGGGCGGCGAGGGCGCACGCCGCGACCUGGACCCCGCGGCGCCGGCACCCGGCCAGGGUCAGGCGGACGAUGUCCCCGCAGCCCCGCUGGGCCCGCUCCCCGCUGCCGCUCAGGCCAAGACGGAGGAGCAGAUGGCAGCCGAGGAGGCCUGGUACGAGACGGACAAGGUGUGGCUGGUGCACAAGGACGGCUUCUCCCUGGCCAGCCAGCUACGCACGGACGAGGCCAGCGCGCUGCCCGAGGGCAAGGUCAAGGUGAAGCUGGACCACGACGGGGCCAUCCUGGAGGUGGAUGAGGACGACGUGGAGAAGGCCAACCCGCCGUCCUGCGACCGCGCCGAGGACCUCGCCGGCCUCGUCUACCUCAACGAGUCGAGCGUGCUGCACACGCUGCGGCAGCGCUACGGUGGCAACCUCACGCACACCUACGCAGGGCCCACCAUGGUCAUCGUCAACCCGCUGAGCUCCCCGUCCAUGUACUCCGAGAAGGUGAUGCACAUGUUCAAAGGGUGCCGCCGGGAGGACAUGUCGCCGCACAUCUACGCCGUGGCGCAGGCCGCCUACCGCAGCAUGCUCAUGAGCCGCCAGGACCAGGCCGUGGUGCUGCUGGGCAGCAGCGGCAGUGGCAAGACCACCAACUGCCAGCACCUGGUGCAGUACCUGGCCACCAUCGCCGGCAGCACCGGCAAGGUCUUCUCGGCGGAGAAGUGGCAGGCUCUCUACACCGUCCUCGAGGCUUUUGGCAAUAGCAGCACCAGCAUGAACGGCAACGCCACGCGCUUCUCCCAGAUCAUCUCCCUGGACUUCGACCAGGCCGGGCAGGUGGCAUCCGCCUCAGUGCAGACGCUGCUGCUCGAGAAACUCCGCGUCGCCCGGCGCCCGGCCAACGAAGCCACCUUCAACGUCUUCUACUACCUGCUGGCCUGCUCCGAUAACGCCCUGCGGACCGAGCUGCACUUCAACCACCUGGCCGAGAACAACGUCUUUGGCAUCGUGCCGCUCUCCAAGCCAGAGGAGAAGCAGAAGGCGACGCAGCAGUUCAACAAGCUCCAGGCUGCCAUGAAGGUGAUGGGCAUCUCCAGCGACGAGCAGAAAGCCUUCUGGCUUGUCCUGGGGGCCAUCUACCACCUGGGGGCUGCCGGAGCCACCAAAGACGCCGACGAAGCCGGGAGGAAGCAGUUUGCGCGGCACGAGUGGGCCCAGAAAGCCGCCUACCUGCUGGGCUGCAGCCUGGAGGAGCUCUCCUCCUCCAUCUUCAAGCACCAGCCCAAGGGCAGCCUGCAGAGAUCCACCUCCUUCCGCCAGGGCCCCGAGGACACGGCCAUGGGUGACGGCUCAGGUCCCAAGCUCUCGGCGCUGGAGUGCCUGGAGGGCAUGGCCGCGGGCCUGUACUCGGAGCUCUUCACCCUGCUCAUCUCGCUGCUCAACAGGGCCCUCAAGUCGAGCCAGCACUCGCUGUGCUCCGUGACCGUGGUGGACACCCCUGGGGCGCAGAACCCGGCGCUGGCGGGGCAGAGCCGCGGGGCCACCUUCGAGGAGCUGUGCCACAACUACGCGCAGGAGCGCCUGCAGCUGCUCUUCCACCAGCGCACCUGCGCCCAGGAGCUCGAGCGCUACAAGGAGGAAAACAUAGAGCUUGCACUGGCUGACACAGAGCCCACCACCCCGGGCUCUGUAGCCACUGUAGACCAGCCCUCACACCAGGCUCUGGUGCGCUCGCUGGCCCGCACGGACGAGGCGCGCGGGCUGCUGUGGCUGCUGGAGGAGGAGGCGCUGCAGCCCGGCGGCUCCGAGGACACCUUGCUGGAGCGGCUCUUCUCCUACUACGGCCCCCAGGAGGGCAGCAAGAAAGGACACGACCCGCUGCUCCCCAGCGACAAACCCCGGCACUUCUUCCUGGGCCACAGCGCGGGCACCAACUGGGUGGAAUACGAUGCCACGGGCUGGCUGCACCACGUCAAGCACAACCCGGCCGCCCAGAACGCCUCCGUGCUGCUGCAGGAGUCGCAGAAGAAGGUCAUCAGCAGCCUGUUCGCGGGCCGCGCCGGCUCGGCGCUGGUGCUCUCGGGCUCCGUGGCCGGGCUGGAGGGCGGCUCGCAGCUGGCCCUGCGCCGCGCCACCAGCAUGCGCAAGACCUUCACCACCGGCGUGGCUGCCGUCAAGAAGAAGUCGCUGUGCAUCCAGGUCAAGCUGCAAGUGGACGCCCUCAUCGACAGCAUCAAGAAGGCCAAGAUGCACUUCGUGCACUGCUUCCUGCCCAAGGCGGAGGGGCCCGCGGGGGAUGCGCGGGGGCUGCCGGCGCGGCGCGUGAGCGGCAGCGAGCUGGACCUGCCCGCCGAGCACUGCGAGGCCGGCCUCAUGCAGCUCGACGUGCCGCUGCUGCGCGCCCAGCUCCGCGGCUCCCGCCUGCUCGACGCCCUGCGCAUGUACCGCCAAGGGUACCCCGACCACAUGGUGUUUGCGGAGUUCAGGCGGCGCUUCGACGUGCUGGCCCCUCACCUCACCAAGAAGCACGGCCGCAACUACAUCGUGGUGGACGAGAAGCGGGCGGUGGAAGAGCUGCUGGAGUCGCUGGACUUGGAGAAGAGCAGCUACCACAUGGGCUUGAGCCGGGUGUUUUUCCGGGCAGGGUGCCUGGCCAGGCUGGAGGAGCAGCGGGACGAGCAGACGAGCAAGAACAUCACGCUGUUCCAGGCGGCGUGCAGGGGCUUCCUGGCGCGGCAGCUCUUCAAGAAGAGGAAGAUCCAGGACCUGGCCAUCCGCUGCGUGCAGAAGAACAUCAAGAAGAACAAGGGGGUGAAGGGCUGGCCCUGGUGGAAGCUCUUCACCACGGUGCGGCCCCUCAUCGAGGUGCAGCUCACCGAGGACCAGAUCCGCGGCAAGGACGAAGAGAUCCAGCAGCUCAAGGGCAAGCUCGAGAAGGUGGAGAGGGAGCGCAACGAGCUCCGGCUGCACAGCGACCGCCUGGAGAGCAGGAUCACGGAGCUGACGUCGGAGCUGACGGACGAGCGGAACACGGGCGAGUCGGCCUCGCAGCUGCUGGACGCCGAGACGGCCGAGAGGCUGCGGGCUGAGAAGGAGAUGAAGGACCUGCAGGCCAAGUACGAUGCGCUGAAGAAGCAGAUGGAGUCCAUGGAGAUGGAGGUGAUGGAGGCCCGGCUCAUCCGGGCGGCCGAGCUCAACGGGGAGCUGGACGACGAUGACGCAGGCGGCGAGUGGCGGCUGAAAUACGAGCGGGCCGUGCGGGAGAUCGACUUCACCAAGAAGCGGCUGCAGCAGGAGCUGGAGGACAAGCUGGAGCUGGAGCAGCAGGGCAAGCGGCAGCUGGAGAGGAGGCUCGCCGACCUGCAAGCCGACAGCGAGGAGAGCCAGCGGGCCCUGCAGCAGCUCAAGAAGAAGUGCCAGCGCCUGGCGUCGGAGCUGCAGGACACCAAGCUGCACCUCGAGGGCCAGCAGGGCCGCAACCAUGACCUGGAGAAGAAGCAACGGAGGUUCGACGGCGAGCUCUCGCAGGCCCACGAGGAAACGCAGCGGGAGCGGCUGCAGCGCGAGAAGCUGAGCCGCGAGAAGGACGUGCUGGUGGCCGAGGCCUUCGGCCUCAAGCAGCUGCUGGAGGAUAGGGACGUGGACAUCACCAGCCUGACGCAGAAGGUGGAGGCACUGGAGGCCGAGCUGCAGGACAUCUCGUCGCAGGAGUCCAAGGACGAGGCCUCUCUGGCCAAGGUGAAGAAGCAGCUGCGGGACCUGGAGGCCAAGGUCAAGGACCAGGAGGAGGAACUGGACGAGCAGGCGGGCACCAUCCAGAUGCUGGAGCAGGCCAAGCUGCGGCUGGAGAUGGAGAUGGAGCGGCUGCGGCAGACGCACGCCAAGGAGGUGGAGAGCCGUGACGAAGAGGUGGAGGAGAUUCGGCAGUCGUGCCAGAAGAAGCUGAAGCAGAUGGAAGUGCAGCUGGAGGAGGAGUACGAAGACAAGCAGAAGGUGCUGAGGGAGAAGCGGGAGCUGGAGAGCAAGUUAUCCGCUGUCAGCGACCAGGUCAACCAGCGGGACUUUGAGACGGAGAAGCGGCUGCGCAGGGACCUGAAGAGGACCAAGGCGCUGCUGGCCGACGCGCAGAUCAUGCUGGACCACCUGAAGAACAACGCGCCCAGCAAGAGGGAGAUCGCGCAGCUCAAGAACCAGCUCGAGGAGUCCGAGUUCACCUGCGCGGCCGCCGUCAAAGCCCGCAAGUCCAUGGAGGUGGAGAUCGAAGAUCUCCACUUGCAGAUUGACGAUCUCUCCAAGGCCAAGGCAGCGCUGGAAGAGCAGUUGAGCCGGCUGCAGCGGGAGAAGAACGAGGUGCAGAGUCGCCUGGAGGAGGACCAGGAGGACAUGAACGAGCUGAUGAAGAAGCACAAGGCGGCAGUGGCCCAGGCCUCCCGGGACCUGGCGCAGAUGAACGACCUUCAGGCGCAGCUGGAGGAGGUCGGCAAAGAGAAGCAGGAGCUGCAGGAGAAGCUGCAAGGGCUGCAGAGCCAGCUGGAGUUCCUCGAGCAGUCCAUGGUGGACAAGUCGCUGGUGAGCCGGCAGGAGGCCAAGAUCCGCGAGCUGGAGACCCGGCUGGAGUUCGAGCGGACGCAAGUCAAGCGGCUGGAGAGCCUGGCCACGCGCCUCAAGGAGAACAUGGAGAAGCUGACGGAGGAGCGGGACCAGCGCGCGGCCGCCGAGAGCCGCGAGAAGGAGCAGAACAAGCGGCUGCAGCGGCAGCUCCGCGACGUCAAGGAGGAGAUGGGCGAGCUGGCCAAGAAGGAGGCGGAGGCGAGCCGCAAGAAGCACGAGCUGGAGAUGGACCUGGAGAGCCUGGAAGCCGCCAACCAGAGCCUGCAGUCGGACCUGAAACUGGCCUUCAAGCGCAUCGGGGACCUGCAGGCGGCCAUCGAGGACGAGAUGGAGAGCGACAGCAACGAGGACCUCAUCAACAGUUUGCAGGACAUGGUGACAAAAUAUCAGAAAAGAAAGAAUAAACUCGACGGCGACUCGGACGCCGACUCGGAGCUGGAGGAGCGCGUGGACGGGGUCAAGUCGUGGCUCUCCAAGAGCAAAGGCUCCUCCAAAGCGGUCUCGGACGACGGCAGCCUCAAGGGCAGCAGGGACGGCAAGGACGGCGGCGAGGCCGAGGAGCGGCCGGCGUCGGCCGCCAGCUGCCUCAGCUACCGCAAGCGCGGCGGCCUCAAGGACUCCAUCGGCGGGCGCGGGGACGAGCGGACGCUCUUCUCGGCCGCCAUCGAGGAGGUGCUCAGCUACCGGCCGCUGGGCGCCGCGCGCUCCCGCCCGGCCUCCGACGAGGACGAAGAUGACGAUGGCGAGGACAGCAGGAGCGUGCGCAGCGCCCGCAGCGCCGUGCUGCCCCGCGCCGAGCGCCCCGCCAGCAGCCUCCGCCGCUCGGCCUCCGCGCUCGACUUCUCGCGGCCGCCCCGCGCCAAGGGCCACCGCGGCAGCAGCUCCGGAGAGUCCUCCGAGGAAGAGGAGCGCAAGAGGAAGAGCUCCAAGAAGCACGCCAAGAAGGCCAAGAAGAAAGGCAAGAAGAAGAAGAAGAAGCCGUCGGAAUCGGAGUCCUCCUCCGAGUCCUCCUCGGAGUCAUCCUCGGAGUCGUCCUCUGGCUCCACCGUCUCCUACCGGAGCAGCUCCAGCAUCAAGAAGGGUCCCCGGAAGGCCGGCCCGGAGGCGAGCACGGGAGCGGGGCGCUCCGGCAAGGAGAAGAAGGAGGAGAAGCAGCGCAAGAAGCAGGUGGACAGCCUCAUGAUGAAGUACCUGUACCGGCCCGAGAGCGACUGAGCAGGAGGGCCUUCGCCGGCGACCGCUGGGACGAGGAGCAGGAGAGCGUGGAGAGC